CGUUAGUAUGGGACAACAUAUACGGAGCAGUAGCUGUCAUGCCAAGUACAUCCGCUAUGUAUCCGGCUGGCAUGUCAGCCUGGUGCAGGAUGCUGAUUUAAUCUCCUGAAGCUGUACACUUAAACUUUAGCCUCAAGGGUCCAUAACAGCUAUCAUAAUGGAGGAUGAAGGUGCUUUGGUGAUGGAUUGGACCACUGUGCUGCUUGUGCCAGCGGUAGUCGUAAUAACAGCGGGGUUCUUUUACCUGUACAGCUCGGUGCUCAGGUUAAUGUCCAAAACCACGGUGCGGAACAAAGUGGUGGUGAUAACUGACGCUUUGUCUGGACUGGGGAAUGAGUGUGCCAAGGCCUUUCACAAGGGAGGUGCCAGAGUGAUCCUUUGUGGGAAAAGCUGGGAGAAGCUGGAGUCUCUUUCUGAGCAGUUGUCUGAUGACUGUGACCCUACUUUGACCUUCCCUGCCAAACUGGUGCUGAUUGACUUCAGUGACAUGGAGAGCCUGCCUGAUGUGAUCUCAGAGGUGUUGGAAUGCUACGGCUGCCUGGACGUCCUCAUCAUCAACGGCAGCAUGAAGGUGAAAGCUCCUGUGCAGGACAUGUCUUUGGAGUUGGACAAGGCCAUCAUGGACAUGAACUACUUUGGACCCAUAACUCUGGCCAAAGGUAUUUUACCAUCCAUGAUAUCCAGGAGGGGUGGGCACAUUGUGCUGGUCAACAGCAUCCAGGGGAAGCUGGCACUGCCAUUCCGCACCACAUAUGCAGCCUCCAAACAUGCAGUACAGGCCUUCUUUGACUGUCUGCGUGCUGAAGUUGAGGAGUAUGGCAUCUCUGUAAGCACCAUCAGCCACUCCUUCAUCCACUCUCCGGCCCCAGCAGAGGAAAGCCCGGCCCCAGAAGAAGAAAGCCCUGCCCCAGAAGAAGAAAGCCCUGCCCCAGAAGAAGAAAGCCCUGCCCCAGCAGAGGAAAGCCCUGCCCCAGAAGAAGAAAGCCCGGCCCCAGAAGAAGAAAGCCCUGCCCCAGAAGAAGAAAGUCCUGCCCCAGCAAAGAAAAGCCCUACCCCAGCAUCCUCCAGGCCAGGCAUUUCCCCAGAGAAGAUGGCUGUUGAGAUUGUGCAAACCUUGAGCAGCAAGAAGAAAGAGGUUGUCAUGGCCAACUCCAUUUCCAAAGUAGCUAUCUAUGCCCGUGCCUUCUUCCCAAACCUUGUCUUCUCUGUGAUGGCCGCAGGAGUGAAGAGCAGUGCUGUCAAUUUCGACCAAGACUUAUAACUUGGGCACACCAGGAGUCACUUAAUGGUCCAGCUCCAGCUAUAUAUGAGAUUAAUUAUAAUUCACAGAUUGCACAGUGUUUGGUGCUACUUAACCUUCAAGGGAAACAUGUUUACUCAUGUAUUAAGAUAUAUAUUGAAAAAGUCGAGAGAGGUUCUUGUAUUUGUAUGGGAUGAUGAACAGCUGAGAAGUUUUGAUCAUGGAUGCCACAACGGUAUUGUGAUGUUAAAAUGAUAAUAACAUUACUGAUAUUACUGUAAUAACGACAACGCAGCAGAAAAUAAACA